UUGCACUACUGAUCCGAGGACAGCUAUUAUUUCUUACCUUUACCUUAACAACUAUUAAAUAAAUAAAGAAAUUUUAAAAAGCCGAAAACCGAUCUCAGAUCAGCCUUAAACAAGAAACUUCCGCUUACACUUCAGCCAAUAGGCGAGCAGUUAGUUUGUUAGGCCACGCCCACAAACGACAACCUCCCUCUUUCGUAAUGUAAACUGAAAGCCGCUGUACUCUCGGUCUGCACAUCGAAACGCGGAAGCUGGGAGUGUAAACAUUUAUUUUUGUUUUUCGUACAAUAUUUACGCAUUUUGUUUUAUUCGAAAGAACCUGUUUUCUUUCUGUUUGCAUAAAGCUUUUACUUCCGGUGUGUGCUGAACGUUUCCGAAUUGUGUACAGUGCGCGCGCGUGUGUGAAGUCUGUGCUUGUUUAGUGCUCGUGAUGAGUCUGGUGUUGUGAUAGUCCGGGGUAAAUCAUUUCUCUUUAUUGCCCCCGUGGUGAUUAUUAUUAUUAUUUUUUUUUUAUUAUUUUUAUAAACGAUGGCCGAGGCUGAAGAGGAUUUUCCUGAGAAGAUUGAUGAUGCGGAACUUUCACUGCAAGGAAUUAAUAUGUUGCUGAACAACGGCUUUAAAGAGAGUGCGGAGCUCUUCAACAGAUACAGGAAUUGCAGUCCUCUGAUGAGCUUCGGUGCGAGCUUUGUCAGUUUUCUGAAUGCCAUGAUGACGUUCGAAGAGGAGAAGAUGCAGGUGGCGUGCGAGGACCUGCGGGCGACCGAGAGACUGUGCGAGUCCGACAGCGGCGGCGUGAUCGAGACCAUCAAGAACAAGAUCAAGAAGAAUCAGGCGGAGGGUCAGAGGUCAGAGGUGACCGUGAUCGAGCGGCUGCAGAGGCUCAUCAUAGUGGCUGACUGUCAGGUUUAUCUGGCCGUGCUGUCCUUCGUCAGACAGGAGCUCUCCGGAUAUAUCAAAGCUGGCUGGAUCCUCCGUAAAGCCUGGAAAACGUACAAUAAGUGCUACAAUGAGAUCACCCGGUUGCAGGAAGUGUGCCAGAGGAGGUCCUCAGCACCGCAGGGGGCACUUUCUUUUGAUCAACCCAAACCGAGUCAGAACGCCUCAAUGCCUGAUCCCACAGCAGUCUGCUCCAGUGACUGUCCUGAACCUGAACCCGGUCAGGAUGGUUCCCUGGCUCCUGUCUCAGAGGGGUCACGUGCUGCCAAGCAGCUUAACGACAGCCACAAAGGUUCCUCCACUCGGCCCAAACACGGCCCGAAAUCUCAGCCUCGGCUCGAUUACAGCGUGACCGCGGAGUCUCUGGGUCGACUCAAGGGUUCGGUCAGCUUCGGCUACGGCCUGUUCCACCUCUGCAUCUCUAUGGUGCCUCCUCACCUGCUGAGGAUCAUUAACCUGCUGGGAUUCCCCGGCUCACGGCAGGAGGGCCUCAGCGCCCUCGCGUACUCCAGCGAAAGUAAGGACAUGAGGGCCCCUCUUUCUACACUGGCCCUGCUGUGGUACCACACGGUCGUACAGCCCUUCUUCGCCCUGGACGGCUCUGAAACAGAGGCCGGACUUCGGGCUGCUGAAGCCAUACUUAAGAAGAAAGAAGCCGAAUAUCCAGAGUCCUCGCUCUUCAUCUUCUUUAAAGGACGAGUGCUGCGGCUCGAGUGUGAGAUCAGCAGGGCUUUAACAUGCUUUAAUAAUGCCUUGGAACUGGCUUCAGAACAGAGGGAAAUCCAGCACAUCUGCCUCUACGAGAUUGGUUGGUGCAGUAUGAUCGAGCUGAGCUUCUCCGAAGCGUACAGAGCAUUCGAGCGUCUGAGGACGGAGUCACGCUGGUCCCAGUGCUACUACUCCUACCUCACCGGAGUGUGUCAGGGAGCUUCAGGUGAUCUGGACGGUGCUUGUAGCGUAUUGAAAGAUGCGUCUCUGCUUUUCAAGAGGAAGCACAAUCAGAUUGAGCAGUUUUCCAUGAGGAAGGCUGAAGAUUUAAGGAAACCCAGGCCGACGAAAGAGCAAUGUACAAUGGCUGCCAUUGAGAUUCUGUAUCUUUGGAAAGCUCUUCCUAACUGCUCCAACACCAAACUGCAGCUUAUGAUUGAAGUUCUACAGCAGAUGGACGGCUCGUCGUAUUGUGGACUGAAACACCUCCUGCUGGGGGCCGUGCACAAAAGCCUAGGGGACAACGCAAACGCAAUACAGUGUUUUCAGGUGGCUUUGAGAGAUGAAGAAGGGCGUGUCAGUAACUCAUACGUGCAGCCUUAUUCCCUCUAUGAGCUGGGAUGUGUACUGCUAGAAAACCCUGAGUCGACAGCCAAAGGAAGAGCGCUGCUUCUUCAAGCCAAGGAGGAGUUCUCGGCGUACGAUUUUGAGAACAGGCUCCACGUGCGAAUCCAUUCCGCUUUAGCGGCAUUCACAGCAACGGCUCCACAAUAACUCCUUUCUGAAGUCUCGGAAAUCCGAUGUACACAAGCCAGCAAAAAAAAAUAAAAAAUCAAAUCUGAGACAUCAUGCGGAGGAAUCGGGGACGAUGGAGAAGGAAGGAGCACGGCCUCAGACUGUUACUGACGAUCACGGACCAUUCAUGGGUGAACUCUGUUUUGUUUUUUCCUCCCAUGUGCACUUUAUAUUUUUAUUUUGGAUACUCGACGAGAAAAGAGAAACGGUCAGUUUUAAUAUAGAGUUCUAUAUAGUGUUGUGAAAUAUCCCAUCAGGAAGGCGAGUCAUUGCUCAGUUUUGGAAAGUCCAGUCACAAAGCACAUGAUUUAUGAUUUUUUGUGUGUGUGUGUGUGUGUGUGUGUGAGAUACUAAAAAGCACUGCUAAUUUAUUUUCCAGAAAUAGCUUUCAAAUGCUGUAGAUAAGAGAUUUAAAAUAUUUGAGUAGGGUUUUUUUUUUCCUCUUCUUCUUUUCUGAUACUGUCCAUGAUCAUGUGGUCAUCAAGCAUUGUACAUCACCACAUGAUCACCACAUUGCUACAACGUCAUUGAACAAAAUUGUUGCCAAAUCGCAACCGAUCACACCUCCUACACUGCGGGUUGUCUUAACGGUUUAAAUUCGCUCAUGCAGCUAGUAGUUAGGCAGCUAAAUGUCUUUGGGGUUUUUAACCAAAGUCUAAAAAAAAAAAAAAAAAAAAAAAAUGUCUACUUAGACAUAACGAUAUUAUUUGAUUGUCUGUGAUUCCUGAAAUAUUUGUUCUUCAACUAACAAAAAAAAACCUAACACAAUGACAGAAAGUAAGUUAUUUUAAAUGUCAGCGUCAUCGGUUGAAAAUGUACCGCUGACUACUGUUACAUGUAGGAGGAGACUACUCGAACUACUCUGUUAGCUGUGGUUCGCUAACAAGAUAUCUUGAAAGUGUAUGCAGAAAGAAAAUCAGACUUUUAUUUUGCUUUGCAGUAAGUGCAUAUUGUUUAAUAGGUAGGUCUGUGGUAAUUAAUUACGAGCGGUUUUACAGUGCAGGUUAGAAGUUUAUAUACGCCUUACAGAAUCUGUAAAAUGUUAAUCAUUUAAUAAGGAAAACGAGGGAUCGUAAAAAAAAUAAUAAUAAAAAAAAAGGCAUUUUUUAAAUUUAUAUGUUUUUAUUUAGUACUACCCUGAAUAAACUAUUUCACAUAGCAGAUGUUUACAUAUAGUCAUUGUGUACAAGACACAAUAAUAACUGAAUUUACACAAUUGAACCAGUUUAAAAGUUCACAUAUGUGUGAUUCUUUAUAUUUUGUCUUCUGGGAAAGAUGUAAGUAUUUUAUGUAGUGGGCGGGGGAGGGGGGCCGGGGGAUUUAGAGAGAUCUUUGAACAAAAUAACAACAAUUUCAUCCUGUUCCAAAGUGUACAGUAAAGUAAAGAUCUGUUGUGUGAAAUGGCUUAUUCAGGGUAGUACUAAAUAAUAAAAAACAAAAUGUCUUUUUUUUAAAAAAAAUUUUAUCCCUCUUUUUUUUUAUUUUCUUCGCCUCACACCUCCAGGGUCGGGGGUUCGAUUCCCACCGUGGCCCUGUGUGUGCGGAGUUUGCAUGUUCUCCCCGUGCUGCGGGGGUUUCCUCCGGGUACUCCGGUUUCCUCCCCCAGUCCAAAGACAUGCACGGUAGGCUGAUUGGCGUGUCUAAAGUGUCCGUAGUGUAUGAAUGUGUGUGUGAUUGUGCCCUGCGAUGGAUUGGCACCUUGUCCAGGGUGUACCCCGCCUUGUGCCCGAUGCUCCCUGGGAUAGGCUCCAGGUUUCCCCGUGACCCUGAAGAUGGGUGGGUGGAGCUUCUGGAAGGCGUAUGUAAAAUUACUGUUACGUUUAAGAGGGAACGACUGCGUCUACUCUGUUACCUGUGGUUAGCUGAAGAGGUCUUGCACGUGUAUG